AUGGACAUCAAAUAUGCAAGACGCAUUUUGUUCCUCGGUGCCAGGGAAGCGGGCGCUUUGGAUGUCGUGAAAGGUGAGACCACACGCGCUACACAGCCAGCCAACCUCCAUUCUCUAACAGUUGCCAGACUUGACUGGCUCUGCUCCCUCACCCGAUGUCGACGGCUCAACAGCAGGACUCACACAUGAAUGGGAUGUUGAGACUCCCUACUAUUGCGCCAAGAUACCCAUCUGGAUAGACGAAGUCGCCGACCUCCAAGCUUGGAAGGACGAGUUUCUCAAAGACGAAGCCCAAGAAGUGGUCGAGGCAGUUGGUGCUUGGAUCUUCUGUUUCCAGAAAGAGCAAGAUGGCGGUAUAUCGAAUGAAGUCGAGCAGACCUUGCGAAGCAUACAAGAAGUCAUCGAACACCACUCUUCCGGCGCGGAAGCUGCGAUGCUCGCAGUCGCGAAGCGUGGAGGCAAGCAAUCCCAACAAGAAGAGCCGCAUCAAGAGCGAGAAGAACUCGAGGACAAAUGCAUGGAGUACGGCUUUGAGUACAUCGACUACGCUGCUAGAGGCAAGAAUGAGUUCGGCGAGAAGGUUGGAUUUGAACGACUGAGGGAGGCCCUCGAAGCGAACGAGUGGGCAUCUGCUUCUGCAGAAGAUGAGAAUGCUUUCGGCAUCGAUGAUCCAGACCAUGAUAUCGACCAUGACACCAUAGGCAGCUUCGAUCAGGAAGAAGCAGAAAUGACCGCAGAGCUCUUCAGUAUGAAGGCCGCCCUCACUGCCCAAGACGAGGCCCGGUCCGAAGAAGACUUCAUGGUGCCGCCGCCGCAGCAGACCCAGCGCCAAGCAGGUCAAGUUGAAGACCUAGACAGGCUGAUGGGAAAGCUGCUUGCCAUCAAGGAGCAGGGUGCAGACUUGUCCAGUGAACAACGGAAGCGUAUGGCCGCCAAGGCCGUGAACGAACUCAUGAGGGAGAAUCCUAACAUUUGA